AUGAUGGAUACUCUAAAAUUUGUUUUUUUCUCUGCAUUCCUUAGCGUCACAUUGACGUUAGUGAACGCAGAAGAUCCUUAUAUCUUCAAUGAGUGGAAGGUCACCUACGGGACAAUAUCCCCUUUAGGUGUCCCACAACAGGUCAUUUUAAUUAAUGGCAAAUUCCCUGGACCCGUCAUUAACUGCACCAGUAACAACAAUAUCCUCGUUAAUGUUUUCAACAACCUUGACGAGCCUUUCCUCCUCACCUGGAACGGUGUCCAGCACCGGAAGAAUUCCUGGGUGGAUGGCACACCGGCGACGAUGUGCCCUAUCCAACCAGGAACCAACUUUACUUAUAAGUUCCAGGUGAAGGAUCAAAUCGGUACUUACUAUUAUUUCCCCACCACCGCCUUGCACAGAGCGGCUGGUGGCAUUGGCGUCCUGCAAGUGCACAGCCGGCCGUUGAUUCCGGUUCCCUUUGAUAAUCCGGCAGAUGAGUUUGCAGUGGUGGUCGGAGAUUGGUUCAAGAAAGGUCACAAGUCUAUGAAGAAUCUUCUCGAUGGCGGCAACUCCAUCGGCCGCCCUGACGGCCUCCACAUCAACGGAAAAUCGGCUCAGGUCGGAGCACCGGCGGAACCGUCGUGGACUUUUGAGGCCGGAAAAAUUUACCGGUUUAGGUUUUGUAAUGCCGGAAUGAGGACUUCGGUUAAUUUUAGGUUUCAAGGACAUGAUAUGAAGUUAGUGGAGCUUGAGGGGUCCCACCUCAUGCAAAAUGAUUACAUGUCAAUGGACCUUCAUGUGGGCCAAUGUAUGUCAGUGUUAGUCGCCGCCGAUCAACCACCCAAAGACUACUACUUAGUGGUGACAAGCAGGUUCACCAAGACCCUACUGACCACCGUCGCUACAAUCCGAUACACCGGAGGAAACGGGCCAGCAUCGCCUGAGCUCCCACCUCCACCGCCGGAAAACACCGCCGGAGUUGCGUGGUCGAUAAACCAGUUCAGAACAUUCCGGUGGAACUUAACCGCCAGCGCCGCCCGGCCAAAUCCACAAGGUUCUUACCAUUACGGACAGAUUAACAUCACUCGCACCAUGAAGUUUGUGAACAGCAGGAAUUAUAUCGACGGAAAGCUUAGGUUUGCUUUGAAUGGAGUCUCCCAUAAGGAUCCACCGACGCCAUUAAAGCUCUCUGAGUAUUUCGGAUUGGCCGAGAAAGAAUUCAAAUACAACCUCAUCCCCGACGAGCCACCACCGGAAGUUGAAAAGAACUGCAAGGUAGCACCAAAUGUAUUGAACGCAACCUUCCGAAACUUCGUGGAGAUCAUAUUUGAGAACAGAGAGAACACGAUUCAGUCGUAUCAUCUAGAUGGGUACUCAUUUUUCGCGGUGGCGAUAGAACCAGGGAGGUGGAGUCCGGAGAAGAGGAAGAAUUACAACCUAGAAGACGCAGUGAGCAGACACACCGUACCUGUGUUUCCGGGAUGUUGGGCGGCGGUGAUGACCACCCUUGAUAACGCCGGAAUGUGGAGUUUGAGAUCGGAGAUGUGGGAGAGGUUCUAUUUGGGACAGCAGCUGUACUUCAGCGUACUCUCGCCGGAGAAAUCCCUGAGAGACGAGUAUAACUUACCGGAAACUUCAUUGCUUUGCGGCGUUGUUAGCAAUUUGCCCAGGCCAGCACCAUACGUUUAG